AUGGAGGAUUCACCAUGGCUGCGAGUGCUACCCAAGGUUGCCCUGCUUGUCCUUGCACUCUCCGCUCUGGUUCUGGCUGCAGAUGAGACCACCACGCCUCUGGGGAAACCUAUCAAUGUUCAGCCGAGUCAAUACUGGGACGGCAAGGACGGCCCAUGGUCAACGUUCCGCAUCGAGGUGGGAGAUCCCCCACAACAGAUCCGCGUCCUCCCUGCCUCCAGCCAGUCUUCCUCAUGGCUCGUCCUGCCCGAAGCAUGCGCCGUCAGCCGUGACGCGCAGUGUACCGACCAUCGUGGGAAGACGUACAAGAGAAACGAGUCGUCCACUUGGAAAGAGUUUGGCUCCUACAACCUAAACACCUUCCUGCAGCAGCGGCUUGGCUUGAAUGGCGACGGUCUCUAUGGGUAUGAGAAGGUGACGCUGGGUUGGGCCGGCGAUGGACUGCCCUCCGUCGACGGUGUGCUCGUCGCCGGAAUGGUGAGCGACGACUUCUAUCUAGGCAGUUUGGCCCUGAGCCCACGCCCCAACAAUUUCACCGACUUCAACAACCCGAUUCCAAGCUUGAUGCGACUCCUCCGGAACGCCAGUACGCCUAUUCCAAGCUCCUCGUGGUCGUACACGGCUGGAUCCCAUAACCUGGCGCCGAAAGUGUUUGGGAGUCUUGUUCUCGGUGGGUACGACUCGACGCGGUUUGAGCCGAACAACGUCGUCUUUCCCUUUGGCGCGGAUAUUUCCCUAGAGUUUCAGGUCGCCAUACAGGAGAUCACGACCAACGUCACGGACAAGCCUCUCUUGAGCACCGGAAUCAUCUCCUACAUCGACACGCUGGUCCCCGAUAUCUGGCUGCCCAACCGCACCUGUGCCCUCUUCGAAGAAGCCUUUGGUCUCGUCUGGGAUACUGAAACGGAGCUGUAUCUUCUGAACGACGAACUGCACGAAUCGCUGCUGGAGAAGAACCCGACCGUGGAGUUCAAGGUUGGCCCCCAACUUACCGGCGACGCCGUCACCAUUUCCCUCCCCUACUUCAAUUGGUACCAGACUGCCACGACUGCCUUGACGGGGAACAAGUCGGGGCUGUACUUCCCCCUCAAGAGGGCUGCGAAUGAGACGCAGUACGUGCUUGGGAGGACCUUCCUGCAGAGCGCAUACCUGUCGGCGGAUUAUGGGAGGAAUUCGUUCAAUCUCUCCCAGGCACUGUAUCCUUCGUCCUCGACGUCGGCAAAUGUGCUCCCCAUCUUUGAGCCCAGGAAUCACACCCAACCGCCAGGAGGGCAAAACUCGGACUCCGGAGGCAGCAGUAAAUUAAGCACCGGUGCCAUCGCAGGCAUCGCGGUAGGAGCCGUCGUAGUUGUAGCGCUCAUCGCCGCUCUCAUCAUCUUCCUGCUUCGCCGCAAGAGAGCAAAGAAAGUGGAGGAAACUCACGAGCUAGCCGACACCGACAUGCAGCACUCCGCCACGCACGAAGUCCCAGGCGAAGAUCUCAAAUACGAAGUCGGCGACGGCCUGCGCCACGAAGUCACCGGCGACUCGUCCCACAGGAUCGAGCUGUCGGCUGUGGGCAAGCACGAGAAGCCGCUGGAGAUGGAGGCGAUGCCGCGAGAGAUUUACGAGAUGGAAGCCAUUGAGGCCAAGACGCCUGUCGAGUUGGAGGGCGAGGGCCACGUUCAUGAGAAGUCUCCAGGAAUGGCCUCCGUGACGCCAGCAGCGUCUGUGGCUUAUACGGAAGACGAUGAGACUCCGCUGUCGCCGCAAUCACUGCCAAGAGGACAAGACAUGUAUCGAUAG